ACGCCCAUUCUGAGGAACUAGAGGCAUCACGCCCCCCUCCCCCAUUUCCAUGGCUACAGCACAGACUACUCCAGAGACCUCUAAACCCUAGUGCUGAGGGAAGGGACCCUGUGGGGAGCUAGACCCCAGCAUCGUCCAGUCCCACCUCUCCCCUGGGCAGCUGGGCGGCACUCAGGUCAGAGCACUUCCCAUCCCCACUUCUGAGAGGGGUCAUCCAUCUUAAAGCGCUGCCUAAGUGCAGGGAGUAGGGACCAGCUCUGCCCUGUGCUUAGCAGGGUCCCCAGCACCCAACUCUAGGGCAGAGGGCCUCCAAACUGUUGGAUGACAGGAGCAGAGGCUUGGGGUUCCGACUGGCAGCAUGAGGCCCAGAGUGUGCAGCACAAACACAGUGGGCAAAGUGGCAGCAGGAAGAGGGGCGGGGCUAGCUGGAAAGUUGGCCUGGGGAGGUGGGGGGAGUGUCCUGUUCUCCCUCCUCCCAGGCAGUUCCACCCGCCCUGGUGGCCCAGCCCCUCCACUUGUGCCAAGGAAUGUGCCUGGGAGAGGCAGCUCAAGAGACAGGCGGGGCAGCAGAGCCGUGGCCACCGGAGGCAGCACACAGGUCGGGCCGAGGGGCACGGGGCUCAGAAGGGACUGGGACCCCAAAUGCCUCCCAGGGGCGUCAACGUGGAGGUACCGGGUCACCAUGCUCAGUCUCAAGCUGCCCCAACUCCUUCGCGUUCACCAGGUCCCCAGGGUGUUCUGGGAAGACGGCAUCAUGUCUGGCUACCGCCACCCCACCAGCUCGGCCUUGGACUGUGUCCUCAGCUCCUUCCAGAUGACCAACGAGACCGUCAACAUCUGGACUCACUUCCUGCCCACCUGGUACUUCCUGUGGCGCCUCCUGGCACUGGCGGGAGGCCCCGGCUUCUGGUCGGAGCCCUACCACUGGCCGCUGCUCAUCUUCCUGCUGCCUGCCUGCCUCUACCCAUUCGCGUCGUGCUGCGCGCACACCUUCAGCUCCAUGUCGCCCCGCGCGCGUCACAUCUGCUACUUCCUGGACUACGGUGCGCUCAGCCUCUACAGCCUGGGCUGCGCCUUCCCCUAUGCCGCCUACUCCAUGCCGGCCUCCUGGCUGCACAGCCGCCUGCACCAGCUCUUUGUCCCCACCGCCGCACUCAAUUCCUUCCUGUGCACCGGCCUCUCCUGCUACUCCCGGUUCCCGGAGCUAGAAAGCCCUGGGCUCAGUAAGAUCCUCCGCACAGCCGCCUUCACCUAUCCCUUUCUGUUUGACAACCUCCCACUCUUCUAUCGGCUCGGACUGUGCUGGGGCAGGGGUCCGAGCUGUGGGCAGGAGGCGUUGAGCACCAGCCACUGCUACCACCUCUUCUGCGCACUGCUCACUGGCUUCCUCUUCGCCUCCCACCUGCCUGAGCGGCUGGCACCAGGACGCUUUGACUACAUUGGCCACAGCCACCAGCUGUUCCACAUCUGUGCAGUGCUGGGCACCCACUUCCAGCUGGAGGCGGUGUUGGCUGAUAUGGGAUCUCGCCGAGCCUGGCUGGCCACACAGGACCUGCCCCUGGGCCUGAUGGGCACGAUGGCCACACUGGGCUUGGUGGUAGCUGGGAACCUGCUCAUCAUCACCGCUUUCACAGCUUCCCUAUUUCGGGCCCCCAGUACAUGCCCCCUGCUGCAGGGUGGCCCACUGGAGGAGGGUACAAAGGCCAAACUACAGUGAGGCUCCAGCUCUGAGCCUACCCUGGAGGGAGGCAGAAGGCUAGGCCCCGGUGCUGGGGAGAAGCCCAGCCCCAGGCCUGAUAAAGAGGGGACACAUCUGAGCCUGGAACCAAGAGUGGCUGAGAAAGAGCGCAGAGGUGAGAAGGCAGAGGAGAGGUGUGGGUCUGGGGGUCUGGGAGAGAGCAGGAGGGCUGGUAAGGGUGCACUAGAUGGCCUAGGGAAGUGCUGAGGGUCUGAGAGGGGAGUGUGUGUCCAGGCGGUAGCUGCCCCACCCACCACUGGAGGCUGGGAUGGGAGGGCGUUGGGCCCUUUCAUCUGGUCCCAUUUCUGGUGCUCCUGGAGUCUCUGCUCAGCCCAGGGAAGAACUAACAUGACUAACCAGGCCCAUCCCAAUGCUUGUUAACCAGGCUGGGAGGCCCACUACUGCCCCCACCCCCACACCAGGCAGUAUCAUCUGCUGGCAGCUCUUUGCCUAUAAAGAUGAGGCCAUCUGUCCUGGUCACAGCUGUGUACUCCUGGUGUCCAGGCCUUUGGGGUCUGGUCUAUUUGAGUAUGUCACGGAUGGUGCAGUGGGUUGAGAUCGGGGAGCGUGCUGGGCUAGAGAGGGGAACCCUAGUUAGACUUUAGGAAGCCACCUACAAUGCUUCUAGAACAAGACAGGAACAAAUAAAUAAGCAUCAGAUUUUGCUAAAGCA